UUGUACUGUUGCAGUGGUGCCAGAUAUUCGCGAUCCAUUCUAACCCGAUCUCGACUUCAGCCACUUCAUUGAAUUAAUUAAUCCAAUUAAUUGAUUUGUUGACUACUACCACUUCUCGCUGGUUGCAUGCCCUUCCUCGAAAUACCAUCUGCAAUUUCUUGCGACUGUAUGGUUUGAACUGCGCGUAUCCUGAAUCAGCAUGUCCAAUCCAAAAGGCGCGGUCAGUUUCGACGCGAUCAUCCAAGCCGAUCGUCAGAGAAGGAAGAAUGAAGCUCUAGCCAAGGAGAUAUUUGGCAAAAGCAAACAACAGACCAAGAACGACACGAGAGGCGGCGCAAACAAGAGCUCGACGCGGACUCCGGACCUCGCCAGCAGGAUCACAAAGCGAUCCUCCUCCACCGCCAGUACCACUUCGUCCAGAAACAACAACCCAUUCACGCCGCCUCGCAGUCAGCGCGGUGACAACGCGCGCUCCGCCCGCCUCGCCUCGGCCAUCGAGACCUCAUCGCAACAAGCCAAUGUCGUUGUCGCCCCUACAUCUACGUCCCGUCGGACAGCAGCCCAAGGCCAGCAAGGCCUAAGUAUAAAAGGCAAAGCAGCAGGCCCGUUUGUAGUGGAAGCCAGCAAUUUCGCUCCCGGCACCACCGCAGCGGACAUCGAGUCCGCGCUGCAAGAUGAUACCUUGGACGACAGCGGAGUCAGCGGCAUGGUCUCGUGUCGCAUAGUGGCGACCAGUCCCACCGUGGUUGCCGAAAUGGUCUUUACAGAAAGAUACAUUGCCGACAGAGUCAUAUCCACAUAUAACAACCAGAAGGCCGAUGGGAGGGUUCUGAACUUGGCUCUCAAACGCUCCGGCAGAGCUGCUGGAAGCCAGCAGACCAGUCUAGCCCCCACGAAACCCGCCAACGAAUUACUACCGGACGUGCCAACCACUGACGACAAUGCCAUGAUGGAAGAUAUUGAGAUGGAGACCGAUGCCGCCGCUUCCGCCGUGGUCUACGACGACCACCGAAGUCGAAGUAGGGACCAACAGUCCAGGAAAGCACAAUCCAAUGGUCGCACCACAGACGAUCGAUAUGCGGAACCUCAAGCACCAACGACUGCCGCUCACGAUGGAUACAGCAGAGACACCGACCGCCGAGACAGAGAUCGGGAUCGAGACCGCGACCGGGAAAGGGAUAGGGACAGGGACCGAGACCGCUACGACCGCAGCCGUGGAGACCAAGGUCGAAGCUCAUACUCUCGACGUGAUGAUGGUCGACCCGUGUCAGAACAAAACCCGUCGUACAACUCGCGUUUCUCGCACUACGGAAAUGGUGUAGGUGGUGGCGCUGUUGGACGAGGAUCGUUCGGAGGAGGACGAGGUGGGGAUUUCUCCUUCUCUCGCGGCAGCGGGCGUAUGUACGGCGGCGGUGACAAUAUGAACGUGAACAUGAACAUGAUGCGCGGAGGAGGAGGCGGACCUCGACGGGGCGGAGGUCCUACCUUCUUCGGCGGCGGCGGCGGCGGCGGCGGUGGUGGAUAUAGGAGAGGAUACUAGUAGUAAUCCACUUCUGUUGACCACUGCCAGCGUGUCUUGCUGCGUCUUGCUGCAAGCUCGCUUCGCCUAGGUACUUUGUAUCAACCUGGUGUCAAAUGCCGUGCCUUCUGUCGAAGUCGAAUCAUGUCCAUGCCUGAGCCAUCGUCGCGAUAUCAGCCAGUGCUUCCCUUACCGGGCCGUUCAAGUUGGACUCGGAGCGAAUCCCAUCAGCAGCCCCUACUAGCCCACGGCAGUGCCAGAAACAAAUUCCAUGUCCGUGCUUGUCUUCAUACUGGUACACUAUGAUUACAAUUCGCACAUCAAAAAAAGAAGUCUGUGUAUCACUCAUAACAAUCCACAUCGGCGCAUUGCGUCCAUUCCGUCGCCCUGAACGCCUGCCAACUUGAACUCCAUCCCAACCGCAGGUCAUGCAGUGUGCGCACUGCACACCUCUAUCAUGAGUGUCAUCCAAGACCCGAGGUAGCCUUCAAGUUUGGCCCCAUGCCCAGCGCAUUUUGCUUACCCCAGUCCAACGACGCGGACACCUGUGCCGAUUUGACGCCCUAGCGCCAUGCCGAAUAUCACUCUGCAUCAGGCUCAUUAUGAGCCGCCUGUGAUCUGCGUGACUCCGGGAUCUCAGAUGUCUUUCUCGUACUAAUUCAAUCACUCUUCAACAUGCUAUCGACCAAAUCACCCAGAGGGCCCCAGUAGUCCUUGCCACCGCCCUUCUCCAAGCCAUGCUCGUCGAUGAACAAGACAUAAUGUUUGAAACUGGUGUUCAGAUGCGGUUCGAGGCCCAAGUGCACAAUGACUUGGUAAUGGUGGCAAUAGAUGUGGGCGUAGACACGGUACAGGCGUUUGAACAGUUGGCGGACGGUGGAAGGAAAGUGUUUGGGGAAAGGGACGCCGAUGCGCGAGGGGAAAGUGGCCUCGUUGUCGAUAUUGGAUUGGACCCAAGUCAUUAGGUGUUCGAUGUACUCGGGGGCCGGCAUCUUGGUGGGUUUGGGGUAUCCGGUUGCUGCGUCUUGCCAUAGGUAUUCGAACCUAAACAUACAGAAAAGUAAUCGUUAGAACAG